AUGGGAACAAUUCCUGAUGGUUCAACAUCAGGUGUAACAAGUGCGGGUGCAUCAAUGGUUCUUGAUGAUGAGAAACAAGGAAGGAGUGAAAUAAUAGGAAAUGAAAAUAAUCGAAAUCGAACUGAUGAAGAACUUCUUGAAGAGAUUAUCAGUCAGUUGAAAUGUAAAAAAUACAAUGAAGUGCAUAGUCUGAUAAUUGCUGCAACCGAUCGUUUUAUUGCCAGUAUUUAUCGGAAACUGUUUCGAACAGUCUUCAAGGAAUAUGACAAAGAUUUUAGUGAAAGUGGUAUUUCUGAUCCCAUUCUGGAAAGUGUUUUGAUACUGUUGAAAUCAUAUGGAACUACAAAGGACAAACUGUCUGUUCUACUUGAUUGUUCUGAUCAAGCUAAUUCAUGGAAAGCAUUUAUUAUGCUUGGAAGCUUUAUGGAAGAAAUAAUGCCAGAGAUGGUGGAUCUCAGCGAGCAUUUCAUCUACGACAUUAUAAAAGUUUAUAUUCCGUCAUGGAUUGAACGAUUCGAGAAAAAUGUCGUGUUAAAUUAUUCAAGCGAUCAGUUAAACAAGGAAUAUUUUUCGAAUCUUGAAGCUGAUUAUUUGGAUCAAAACUACGAUCCAGUAUUGCCAGAUGCAUCUUCUGAUCUUUUUUUAGCAGCUGUGUUUAUGUUUUUACGAAUUUUUACGUAA